GGACCGGCAGCGCAAGCAGCCAGAGCACAAGCACAAAUCUGCCCGAGCACAUCCUAACUGCCUCCUUGGAAGCUCCUGGAGAUAUUGCAUUCGGCUUUGAUGACAGGGUUGCUUCAGUCCCUCCUCAUAUGCUCGCCUUUGCAGCCUUCUGUCUAGGUUCAGCUUCCACCUUGGGCGGGGUCUACGUGUACAGAAGACAUUUCAAACGUAUUCUCAAUGCAGACUGGGUCACGCCAGACGUACUCCGGCGGAAACGGUUGAUCAAGGGGCUUGUGACGAGUGUCGGAGACGCCGAUAACUUCCGCAUUUAUCAUACACCGGGUUUUGGAUGGCGGUGGCCACUCAAGUACAGAUUCGUUCCUUCGCGAGCUAAAGAUUUGAAGGACCAAACGAUACACAUCAGGAUCGCUGGCGUGGAUGCACCUGAGGGCGCGCACUUCGGCAGACCUGCGCAAGCAUUCGCGGAAGAGAGCCUUACAUGGCUCAAGAAGCAGAUCGAGGGCAAGAUGGUGUACUGUCAGCUUCUACGAAGAGAUCAGUACGGGCGCAUUGUUGCAACAGUAUAUCUGAAACCACGCAUACUCCCGAGCUCCCUGUUCCUCGGCAAGCCGCUUGCUCUUGAGAUGCUGCGUGCUGGAUGGGUUGAAGUAUACGAGCUGUCCGGCGCAGAAUACGGCCGCUGGGGCAAAGAAGAGUUCCUACGCAUCCAAGCGGAGGCUCAGUAUGCAAUGAGUUCAGCCGCUCGCCGUGGGAUGUGGAAACAUGGCACGGACGGCGAGUCACCUGCUGAUUACAAGCGACGAUAUGCCAGCUCGUCAUCGGAUGCGGAAAAGGCUUCUUCGACGCGACGCGCUGCAUCUACUGAUGGGAAUGGACAGCAUACAAAAGGCAAUGUUGUAGAUGCUGCGAAAGACGCGAGUUGGGUGCGACGACUCUUCUGGCGUAUCCGGGGAUAGCUUGUCCAUCCUUUUCGCUUGUACAGUGUUUUUCAUUCUUUGAACCUCUUCAUUGUUUGAUUUGGACGUCUGUUUGUGGUUCACCUUCAUCAGCAUGUACAAAGAGCACUUCCACUCAAUCAGAAUCAUCGGAUCCAGUGUUCGCCGUGUUCUUUUCUACUUGCCUACAGUCC